AAAAAAAAUCCACUCUUUUAGUUGCUAGUUUUAUUACAUUUCCAAUGACUUUUACCUAAUAAGACAACAAAACAAACAAACAAACAAACAAUAAAAUUAGUAUGAUGGCCUUCACGUUCACUAUGUGCCCACAUCUUAAAUAAGUUUAUGUUUGCUGCUUAAAUAUAAAGAAUUAAAUCAGCCAACUUAUUUUGCACACAUUUUACAGCUAAUUUAUUUAUCGAAUGAAAUUUGAGUGACAAGUCAACCACCAAACAUACAUACAGACAAUUAGAGCUUUCCACAUCUUCCCUAAUAAAGACAUUUUCAAGAUUUGGGGUUUGACAAAUUCUUGAAUUUCUCUUUUUUUUUGUCCAACCAUCUUCUUCUCUCAAAUCAUGAUUUUUUUGCACAGAUUCUCAGUUCAUCUCUUCUGCAUUUGAAAAUCUGAUUUCCAAGCACCAUGGAUUUCAUCAAACAGAAGCAAGUCAGAUUUCACAGUGAAGAGAAACGAAAUGUAGAACUUUACUUAGAGAAAAAUGAGGCUCCUCUCCCAAUGUACAAAAACCCAAUCCCUUUCCAGAAAUCCGAAGGUGGAGGAGAAGUCAACAGAGACAAGAACCAACAUCCUAGGUUUGGCAGGUCAAAGGUUUUUCCAGAAGGUCAACGCCCCGAGAAGAGUAGAAUACUUGACCCCGGGAGCGAUCUUGUCCUGAAAUGGAACAGGAUUUUCUUGUUCUCUUGUCUGAUGGCUCUCUUUGUCGAUCCAUUGUUCUUCUACCUGCCGUCGGUGCUGAAUCAAGAACGCUCGUCGUGUAUGCGGACGAACUUGGAUUUGGGGAUCAUCGUCACAUGUUUCCGGACGGUGGCCGAUGUGUUUUACUUAUUGCACGUGGUUAUGAAGUUUAGGACCGCUUAUGUGUCUCCUAGAUCACGGGUGUUUGGGAAAGGCGAGCUUGUUAUGGAUCAACGCGAGAUUGCGGUGAGGUACUUGAAGACCGAGUUCUUGAUCGAUUUUAUUGCAGCACUGCCUCUUCCGCAGAUUGUUAUAUGGUUCAUAUUACCAGCAAUUAGAAGCUCCCAUGCAGAUCAUACGAACAACGCGCUCGUACUUAUCGUAUUUCUACAAUAUAUACCAAGACUAUAUCUCAUUUUCCCGUUGAGUUCUCAAAUCAUAAAAGCCGCCGGAGUCGUAACUCAAACCGCUUGGGCCGGUGCUGCUUACAAUCUCCUACUAUACAUGUUAGCAAGCCACGUUUUAGGGGCUUCUUGGUACUUAGUUUCGAUAGAGAGGCACGCAACUUGUUGGAAAUCGGCUUGUGGCGACGAGUUCAAUCGUACUAAAUGCUCGCUUAGUUAUCUUGAUUGUGGUACUUUGACGCAUAGUGAUAGAGCAGAGUGGGUGAACAAAACACUCGUUUUCACAAACUGUAACCCCGAUAACGGUACCUAUUUUAAUUAUGGAAUAUUCGGAAUCGCUGUUGCAAACCACGUUGUUUCGUCUGGUUUUCUCGAGAAGUAUUUUUAUUGUUUAUGGUGGGGUUUGCAGAACUUAAGUUCAUAUGGCCAGGGUUUGACGACGAGCACGUUUAUCGGUGAAACUUUGUUUGCUAUACUUAUUGCAAUGUUGGGGCUCGUUCUUUUUGCUCAUUUGAUUGGAAAUAUGCAGACGUAUCUGCAAUCUAUGACGGUGAGGCUGGAGGAGUGGAGAGUGAAGCGAAGAGACACGGAGGAGUGGAUGAGGCACCGGCAGCUUCCGGAAGGUAUUCAACGACGGAUUAGACGUUUUACGCAGUAUAAAUGGUUUACGACACGAGGAGUUGACGAAGAAACUAUCCUCCGUGGUUUGCCCACCGAUUUACGACGUGACAUUCAACGACACCUUUGUUUGGAUCUCGUUCGUCGUGUCCCGUUUUUCUCGAAAAUGGACGACCAACUCCUCGACGCAAUAUGCGAGCGCCUAGUAUCCUCCCUAAACACGCAAGGCACGUACAUAGUCCGGGAGGGCGAUCCGGUGGCGGAGAUGCUCUUCAUCAUCCGCGGAACACUAGAGAGCUCCACCACCAACGGCGGCAGAACGGGCUUCUUCAACUCCACCACCCUCCGCCCCGCCGACUUUUGCGGGGAGGAGCUCCUUGCAUGGGCCCUACUCCCCAACUCAACCCUAAACCUACCCUCCUCCACCCGGACCGUGCGGGCCCUCACGGAAGUCGAAGCAUUCGCACUUAGGGCGGAGGAUCUCAAAUUUGUGGCCAACCAAUUCCGGAGGCUACAUAGCAAGAAACUGCAGCACACUUUCCGGUACUACUCCCACCAUUGGAGGACUUGGGCCGCCUGCUUCGUGCAGGCGGCGUGGCGGCGGUUCAAGAAGAGGAAGUUGGCCAAGAGUUUGAGCUUGCAGGAGUCGUUUUCCGACGAGCAACUUUGGGAGGAAAAGGACGAAUUGGAACGAGAAGAACUCGAGGGAGAGAAUCUUAGCUCUUCUACUACUUCGACUUUGCAUGUGAAGCAGAAUUUGGGAGUUACUAUAUUGGCGUCGAGAUUCGCUGCGAAUACGAGACGAGGAGUUCAGCAAAAGGCGAAAGAUGUUGUGGAUUUGCCUAAGUUUCAGAAACCGGAGGAGCCCGAUUUCUCGGUUUAUCAUGAUGAAGACUAAUUUUGUGUUUGGUGUGGGCCCGGAUUCAAAAACGGGCCGGGCCGAAGUAUACUGUACCUAAAAGGUUUAUUUAUUAGUGUUGUAGAAGCUUUGUACAGAAUUCUAUUCUUUUUUUUACUUUUUGUAUGUUUUAUAUGCAGCUGGUUUUUAUUUAUUGAUGUAACUGUCUUGUGUAAGAGAAUUUCCGAAUCUCGCCGAUGGCAAUCCGGAUAUUUCCGAUUUUUAACAAUAUUUUUUAUUACGGUUU